UAAUCUUUUAAAUAGAGACCUGCUUCAUCAGAAAACAGCUUUAAUUGAAAAUUUUCUAUUAAUAAAGACAUCCCUAUAUAUCUAAAUUUAAAAGUAGUUUGUCAUAAAUUUUAUUUGGCACUUCCCAGUAAAACUCUUGGAGUAUUAAUAGCCUUGACAAUGCUGCUGUGUAGUCCUCAGAUGUUCUGGAUUUCUCAAAGCCUUACUACAAUCCAUCAUCAAUAAAAUUUAUACCAUGUCCCUCAUCUUUUGCUUCCUAGGAGUGUUUCAAGACACAAAUACAAUACUGGAAGUGAAGGUGUACAACAUUAAAAAUUUAAAUUUCCCUGAGUCUUGUCCUUUUCUAAAUGUGACAUGGACACAUGAGGAUGGGGAAUGAUUCGACCAUGACCAAAUUCUUUAUGGUGGGACUUUCCAAAUACCCAGAGCUCCAGCUUUUUCUGUUCGUGCUCUGCCUCAUCAUGCAUGUGAUAAUUCUGCUGGGAAAUAGCCUCCUCAUUGUCAUCAGCACAUUUGAUUCUCGCCUCCACACCCCCAUGUACUUCUUCCUUGGGAACCUCUCAUUCUUGGACAUCUGCUACACAUCAUCAUCCAUUCCCCCGAUGCUUGUCAUAUUUAAGUCUGAGAGAAAAUCUAUCUCCUUCAUUGGCUGUGCUCUACAGAUGGUUGUCUCCCUUGGGUUGGGCUCCACUGAGUGUAUCCUCCUGGUUGUGAUGGCCUAUGAUAGGUAUGUGGCUAUCUGCAACCCAUUGAGGUACCCCAUCAUCAUGAACAGGGUGCUUUGUGUGCACAUGGCUGCUUGGUCCUGGAUCAUAGGCUGCCUAAACUCCUUAGUGCAAACAGUCCUGACAAUGGUAUUGCCUUUCUGUGGGAAUAAUGUCAUUGAUCAUAUUACCUGUGAGAUCCUGGCUCUUCUUAAACUCAUAUGUUCAGAUAUCUCCAUCAAUGUGCUUAUCAUGACAGUGGCAAAUAUUGUUUUACUGGUGAUUCCCCUACUAUUAAUUUUCAUUUCCUAUGUUUUUAUCCUCUCUUCCAUCCUGAGAAUUAAUUCUGCUGAAGGGAGAAAGAAAGCUUUUUCUACCUGUUCUGCCCACCUGACUGUGGUUAUCUUCUUCCAUGGUUCAGCCCUUUUUAUGUACAUGAAGCCCAAGUCAAAGGACACAAACACUUCUGAUGAGAUCAUUGGACUGUCUUAUGGAGUGGUAACCUCGAUGUUGAAUCCCAUCAUCUACAGCAUGAAGGAUAAAGAAGUGAAAGAAGCCAUGAAGAAAGUCCUAAGCAGACACCUGAAUUUAUUGAAAUCAUGAAAGGCCUUAAGGCAUGUGAUAUCCUAAGUGGAGAACUGGAUCUUGUGUUUUAUAUUCAAAGAUGAAACUGCAAAACCUACUAUCAUGACAGCUUGUAUGUUUGCAAAGCCAAA